UGUAUGCCUUUGUUUUCAGGCUUCUGGAAAAGAUGGAUUACCAUCUGGCUCAACAUCAUCGAGUUGCUCUUCAAGGGAUGCUACUUCUAAUACCAAAGGUGAAGGAGAUGGUAAUUCUAGUAUCAAAGGGGAGGCUAACCAAGAGUCUGUUGGAGACCUCAGUAUUUACAAUCCACCAACUAGUAGUUACAAUUAUUACUAACCAGGGAAUGCAAUCAGACAAUGGAUCACUAGUCUGUUAUUUACCUCGCUAUAAUCCAUAUGCUUCUGGGACAGUAGUUGGGGUAGAUGGGCAAAGUGUCAGUCAACAAGCAAAUUUUUCUUCACCUGGAUACCUUCCACAUCCUUUUUUCCUAUGGAUCAGAUGCCAUGCCUUGUUAUUCAUGGGAUUCAGCAUAUGUUAGUGAUGUCUCAAAUGGCAAUACUGGUUCUCAAAAUGGAAAAUAUGGAUCAAGUUCUACUUUUGCUAAGUCCAAUGGUUUUAACUCUAUGAAGUCUAAUGGCAAUAUUGGUGGUAAAUCCUCUAAGUCUACAAAUACAC